AUGACGAAAGUAGCCCACUACUGUAUCGACCGGGGCGCAGCGAUGACGCGCCCGCCUAAAAUCAAUAGGCGGCCCCGCGGCGGCCACGAGGCGGCUCCGCGCCGGUUCAUCGUCCGGGAGGCGCGCGCAGCGGCCGCGCCGGUCGAUGCGUCAGUCGCGCCCCGGCCGCGGCGCUUCCUGCAGCCACCCGCCCGCCCGCCGCACGUCGCCGCCCGCCUAUCGCUGCCGCCCAUCGCCGCUGGUCGCCGCCAUGCCACGGCCGCGCCGCCGCCAAGCCGGGCCGGCGCGCGAGCCACCCGCCGCCGCCUAGCUGCGGUCAGAAAUAGGUGGCAAGGCUCCUCUUCUUGUCUGGGAAGCGGGCACCUGGUGGCCGUCCCUGGUUGA